UAGCUGUAAAUUACCUUUGUUCAUUGUUAGAGAUGUACUUUGGACUUUUUAUUUUUGUAUGGGGAGGGUUAUACUCCCUAAAUAUGUAUGUUAUUAUUCAACCUUGUAGGUGUGCAGAACUGGUCAAUCGGGCUUUGAUUUUUGGCACGGAAAAGAUCGAUUGUUCCGGCCCGAUAAAAAUGAGGCCCGGAAAACCCUAGAAAACCCCUAGUCUUUUUCUAUUCAAAUGGUUCAUUGUGAAUGAUGUCAUAUUUGAUUGUCAAGGCCUUCAUUGACUAUACGGUUAACCGGUGCUUGAUAUAUUUUUUAUAAACCUUCGGCUCCUUCCUUUCGCUUUAUAAAUAGGCAGAACCCGUAAUUUUCCAAACCCAUCUGUUCAUAUAAUAUCUGCCGGGUAGGUACGUUCCUAUAUAAACUGGAGAUCUGACUGGGAGUGUUGUACCUGAAUCGAGAUCGAUAUCUCAACAAAUCUUGAUAUCUAUUGUUCGAGAUCUUGUCCCUAUUUUGUCUGUUUAAUAAACACACCCCUAAAAUCUUUAACAAUUUCAGAAAAAUAUUUUAAAAAUCCCCAAAAAAAUGUACGAAGAAGAAACCCGAGUCUACACAACAACGUCAACAGGCCAAAGAUACAUCCAACCUUCCGGCCCUCUAUACGACGGAGGGAAUAUAGAAUGCAACCCUUGGCUCGACACAAGCUACUUGAAGACUUUACCCGGCCUAUUAAAAAUUAUUGUAAUUUGUUUCAAUUUUCUUUGCUUCAUGGCUGUGUUGAUUGGAGGGCCUGCCUAUUAUGCGGGCGUUGGAGGUGCUACUUUUGUUUCUGUUUUUGGAUUUAUUAUUUCAUUGACUCUGCUAAUGCUCUAUUUGUUCCAUAUUGUGGACCAAUGGCCUCAGAUUCCUUGGAUUGUUUGUGAAAUGAUUUACUGCUUUUCUUGGACCAUAUUCUAUUUUAUUGCUGGUUCUGUACUUGCUGUAGCGUCUGUCAGUCAUUACCAUGCAGCUGGUUGGGCUAUAGCCGCGUUUUUCGGUUUCUCCGCAAUGUUGGCAUACGCUCUCGACUGCUACCUUAAAUUCUUGGCGUGGAAGAACAAUGAAAGGGCAAUGGGAGGGAUGGGAGCGGGUGGAGGCAGAGGUGGACUUCCCAAUGGAAGAGGGAUGGAACACUAUUAAAAUUUUAAUUUU